AUGAGUGACCACGGAGGAUUAGAAGUGACCUCAUCCUUCAACCAGUCAUCAAUUACAAACCAGACCGAAGUCGAUGGUUCAACUAACUGUGAUCAGGUCCACACAGCAGCAUACCCCUUCUUCAUGACGGUCUACAGUCUGGUGUUCCUGGUGGGUUUCCUCCUCAACGGCUUCAUCAUGUUUUACUUCUGCAGAGCUCAGCGGCAGGCGUCUAACAGUAUUAUAGUCUACCUCAAAAACCUGGCAGCUGCUGACUUCCUGCUCUGCCUCUGUCUCCCCAUCCGCAUCACCAACUACGCCAGCAACUCUGUGACCAUCCGCCUGAUCUACUGCAACUUUGGAGCCUCUGCCCUCUUCCUCAACAUGUACGCCAGCAUCCUGUUCAUGGGUUACAUCGCUGCUAACAGGUAUCUGAAGAUUGUGCAGAGAACUUUAGGAACUCACAUCCUGCAGACGGUCCGGGCUGCCCACAUCAUUUCCACUGUGACCUGGGUUUUCCUUCUGGCCUUGAUGAGCACCUACGUCAUCCUGUCAUUCCAAACCCAGAGGCCUUUCACCUCUGUCCCAGUGAGCUGUGAAGUCUUACACAGUGGCCAGCUCGCCUUGCUCUAUAAAAUCAUACACUCCUGCUCCACCGCCAUCUUCCUAUUUGUCCUCAUCUCCCUGGUCUUCUUCUACUACAGCACAUCCCGCAGGGUGUCGCUGGCACGGGAGAGGCAGCCGGCGUCCUCCAGCUCCAAGAAGCUUGCAAAGUCACACAGGAACAUAUCAGUGCUGGUCUGUGUCUUCUGCGUUUGCUUCGUCCCCUACCACCUGGUUCGCCUUCCCAAUGCUUUUCUGUGGAGGUAUUGUUCAUGGAGCAAGGUUUUCAGCUACCUGAUGGAGCUGACCAUCAUAGUGUCAGUUCUCAACGUCUGCCUGGACCCACUGAUCUACUUCAUCUUCUGCAAGGCAUUCAGGACCCAGCUUAGGCGGAGAGUGGGGUCUACACGUUGACAAUUACUGUACAUUUGAACUGCCAAUGUAAUAAAAAAAUUAAAGGAAUGAUUCUAUAAAAAUGAUUUAAUAAACAAAAACCGAUCAUGUAAUCACUGUAUAUAAUGUAAUAACUGCAAAAUAAUAAAUGUAAAACAAAAUUAAC